AUGCGGCAAGGACUUGGAGAGCGUGAUGACGUGCCUGAGCUUCGCGCAGGGGAAGCAGAGCUCGCCUUCCAAGGAGUGCUACUGCUGCGCUUCCACCAAGAACACCAAAGACAAGGAGCCCGAGUGCCUGUGCUACAUCAUGCAGCAGACCCACAACGACACCGCCCAGUUCAAGAGCAUGGGCAUCCACGAGGGCAAGCUGCUUCAGCUCCCCACCGCUUGCCACCUACAGAAUGCCAGCGUCAGCAACCUUUUAACUCACUGUUUCUUCUACUUCAUUUUGAAAUGAAGCUCUAA